AUGGAUGAUGACAGACCUAAAACAUCUUCUUUUUCAUUUUCUCGAUUUGGCCGUAGGUUAGAUCAGAGAAAGACAACUGGAAACAGAUUCUAUCCUUAGAAUGUGAGUAUGAUUCCUCCAAUUAAAAUUGAGAAGAAAACAGUUUAAAAAGGAGAUUGGCUAUUCAGAAGAAUAGAUAGAUCAUAAGGAUCCAUUUAUUCUCAAUAGAAUUAAGCUACAUAAGCAGAAAGAGAUUAUAAACCUCAUUUUGAUAUUAUAGAAAAACAUAUUCCAACAGUAAGCUUUGAAAAGUAGACAAAAAGACGAUCAAUGAGUUUAUCAAACAAUCCAUAGGAUAUAUCAAAUGUGUAAAUACCUCCUCCAAAGAUUAAGAUGAUGAUUCCAUUUGAAAAAUAAGAAGGAAGAAGGGAUGUGUAAAGAGAUACAGUUGAUAAAUUUUAUUAACCAAUUGAUUUAGCCAAGACAAACAAUGCUCACUCUUUUGAAUCAUAUUCAGCAAGAAAACCAUUAGCCGAGAAAGAUGCCAUGCCAGAUUAUGAAAUUUAGAAGAGUUUCAACUAUAUAAAAUCUAGAAGGUCCACAGCAGUUGAUUUUGGAAAAACAGUAUAAUAAAAAGAGCAUCUACCAAUAACAUCUUUACUGGAUUACGAUGUUAAAUUGAAUACCAAAAUCAGAACUAUAUCAUUUAACAAAUAGAUUCCAAGAGAAAAAAAAGCAUAGAAUGAAAUGUUCAUCAAAUUAUUUUAGCGAUUAAAAGCCAAAGUUAAUUGA